AGUCCGGCAGCGCCGCGGGAGGGAGGCGCGAGGCAGGAGCGGGCGACUGGGCUCGGCAGCGCAUCCUGCGCAGCGCGGCGCCCCGUGCCCGGCCCCAUGCCCGCAGCCCCGCCGGACCGCUCCUGAGCGCGGGCGCCUCGCCCGCGCCCCGGCCCUCCGGCACCAUUGCCCCGACGGCGCGGCCGGGCGGCCCGGCGCUCCCGAGGUUCCGCGCCGGCCGGAAAACACUGCUGGCGGCCGCCGCGGGCGUGGUGAUGCUGCUGGUGCUGGUGGUGCUGAUCCCCGUGCUGGUGAGCUCGGGCGGCCCGGACGGCCACUACGAGAUGCUGGGCACCUGCCGCAUGGUGUGCGACCCUUACCCCGCGCGGGGCCCCGGCGCCGGCGCGCGGCCCGACGGCGGCGACGCCCUGAGCGAGCAGAGUGGCGCGCCCCCGCCCUCCACGCUGGUGCAGGGCCCCCAGGGGAAGCCGGGCCGUACCGGCAAACCCGGACCCCCGGGGCCCCCCGGGGACCCGGGCCCUCCCGGCCCUGUGGGGCCACCCGGGGAGAAGGGGGAGCCGGGCAAGACCGGCCCUCCCGGGCUGCCUGGCGCGGGGGGCAGCGGCGCCAUCAGCACGGCCACCUACACCACGGUGCCACGCGUGGCCUUUUAUGCCGGCCUCAAGAACCCGCACGAGGGUUAUGAGGUGCUCAAGUUCGACGACGUGGUCACCAACCUAGGCAACAACUACGACGCGACCAGCGGCAAGUUUACGUGCAACAUUCCCGGCACCUACUUUUUCACCUACCACGUCCUCAUGCGCGGCGGCGACGGCACCAGCAUGUGGGCCGACCUCUGCAAGAACGGCCAGGUUCGGGCCAGCGCCAUCGCCCAGGACGCAGAUCAAAACUACGAUUACGCCAGCAACAGCGUGAUCCUGCACCUGGACGCGGGCGACGAGGUCUUCAUCAAGCUCGACGGAGGCAAAGCGCACGGCGGCAACAGCAACAAAUACAGCACGUUCUCCGGCUUCAUCAUCUACUCGGACUGAGCAUCCCGCGUCCCCCUCCACGCCUCCACCCCAUCCCCAGGAUCCCCCUUGAGGGGGGGAAGGGGGAGCAGAGGAGGAUCCGUCUCCCGCCCAUCCCCAGCUGCCAGUCCUCCCGGCUAUGACGCCCCAGGCCCCCCUCUCCACGCGCCCGGCUGCAGUUAGGUCCUCGCGCUGACUCGCCGCAGAGCUGGGCCCAGCGCGCUGCGUGCAGACCCGGGGAGGCAAUGCUGACCGCCCCUGCCCCGGCCCGCGCUGUAUGUUUGUACAAUAGGACUGUUGACUGCCCUCCUCCGCUCGCCAGCCCUAGCCUUGGGACAGAUCUCAGCCGGGACGGUCCCAGUCCCGAGCUCGGAAGCGCUGUCCUCCUGCUCCCGGGUGGCACCGCCUGGGGGGAGGGUGGGGGGUGGGCUGGGAUAGCUUCCCAGCACCCCCUAAAGCUCCUGCCCCAGUCUGACCAAAGCUACAAUAAAAACAGUUCACCCUGC